AGAAGCAUCCGCAGUCGACUAUCACCCAGUGCUUAAAAACUCUUGGUCAGCAGUGGACAAAACAGCAACUACAUCCGGGUAAGAUUUGUGUGACCUUGGUUGGGUGUUCAUCAUGGCGUCCAUCGUCAGGAUAAGUUCAGUCUGCCAUAGAGGUGGCAAACUUUUGUUUUAUCGCAGCUCUCUGCUCGCACGACCCUUGGUCACACAGCAAAAGGACCAAGACCGGUCCUACCCGUUGACUGCUAGGAUUCAUGGAUCCUCAUCUCUCCGUGCCGGCUCGGUGUCCAAAGCUGCCUCCCUGCAUUGGACAGGAGAGCGUGUGGUGAGCGUACUGCUGCUGGCCUUGGGGCCUGCUGCCUACUACUUCCCCGGACCUGCUGUUGACUACUCACUGGCUGCCGCCCUCACCCUGCAUGGCCACUGGGGGAUUGGGCAAGUCUUAACGGACUAUGUUCAUGGAGAACCGAAGAUCAAGAUGGCCAACGCAGGCCUCUUCCUGUUGUCGACUGUCACCUUUGCCGGUCUCUGCUACUUCAACUACAACGAUGUAGGCAUUUGUAAAGCGGUGGCCCUAUUAUGGAGCAAAUGAAUGGACUGAGGUUUGGGAUGGGGGGGGCGUGGGCACUGGGACAUCGGCCAUCUUGUUCUGGUAUGAUUGUAAACAUUCAAGGGAUUAUGUACAUUUCUAUAAAUAUAUAAUUUCACAAGUGUUGUAAUUCAUGUUGAGGUUUAUGUUGUGCUUCAACAGGCCUGUUAAUGAUCUGCUCCUGUUGAUUUAUGAUGUGGACUAAACUAAAUAUAAGUUGUCCUUCUGACCCCAAUCAAACAUGCACACACAGUGUAUGCUGCCGUUGAGUGAAAUGUUAUACGGUUAACUUCUACCUGGGGCCUGUUAGAGGGUGCAAUUUGACAGAAUGCUUCGAUAGAAAUGCAUUUUGUAGAUAGAAUAGGGAAUUGUCAGGUUUAUUCAAUGCAUUUCUAGCUUCCUCUCACUGAGUUUACUCCUGUUAUCAAACUGCUAUAUUCCAAACACUUUGUGUAAUGCUUAUGAGGAAGUAUCCAGUGAGUUACAUAUGUCCUUUAAUGUCAGAUCUACUAUGGCAAAUCUCUUCUGGAAUAAAUUAAUUUAUUCCAGAAGAGAUUAUGUAGACAUUGCAUUCUUAUUUGUGGUAUGUGUUGUGUCUGUCACCAGUCUGUAGAUACCAGCUAGUGCCCUUGAAGACCAUUGCAGUCAGCUUAGUGCCACACAUUUAGUCUGAUUUGAUUGACAAGAGCAAAUGGGUGUGACCACUAGCAGUAUUUAAAACCCCAUAGCCAUACUGUUCUGGACUUUAUGGGUCUGUUCAGAGGGGGUGUGAUGUUCAGAUAGCUAUGCAUUUUGUAGAACGUUUGUCAUGCAGAAUUGGGCAACACCACAGCUCUAUUCAUGACAUUUCUAACUGCAACGUUCUAAACAUUUCACCCCACUGAGCACAUCCCAGGUUGAGCAUGUAGAAAAGUGGGCAUACUGAUCUGUACACCAUUGCGCUUCCACUUGUACCAACACUGUUUGUCAGUCAAAUGACAAUAUCCACACAGCUGUGCCUGGCAUCACUCUUGCUUAGUGUAUAAAUGUUAUGUUGGCAGGAAUUAAAUUUUCCAUUUAUCUGAUCAUUUGUAUGUAUGAACAGUUGCUAAGCGUCAACAAGUCAAGUACAGCUGGCAUCAAAUAUGAAGUUAAGUCAUGAGUGCAUGCACUUGUUCAAAAUGGCAUUGUUUUAUUUUGUACUGUUGGGAGUGUCGCUGAAACGAGUAGAAGUUGUCCUGGUUAAACAGCAAAGAAACAUGAAGGUCUUGGUCCUACUACUACACAUGUCUGAAAGCUUAAAAGGCUUUGGAAAAUCAACUGUUGUCUUUUUAUUAGGUCUCGAUUUAUACAUGUCACCAAUCCGUUUGGUCAGAUUGUUACGCAAAAAUUAGCUUUGGGAAGAAUGCACCUUAAACCUCAGAAUAAAGUGGAUAUUAUGGAUUGUA